AUGAAAGUGUGCGCUUGUGUUCUACUGUUCACGAUAUUCGCUCUCAUCAAAACGAGCUCUCAAGAUACUAACAAAGACAUAAAAGUAAAAAAAGCAAUCGAAGGCAAACCCCAUACCAAGGAAGAAAGAACACUUAACAUUGCCAAAGACCUUCUAGCAAAGACUAAAACACUAGGUAAGGUACCUAAGUUCCAGGUCACAACACCAAGAGUAGUAACCUUCACUGGAUUCAUACUACAAGCGAUUAAUAUUAUCAAUACUUAUGAAGAUACCACCUUCGGAGACUUCAUCGACAUUUUGAACGAAGAAGUUAAAAACUAUCACUAUAGAGGAUGUAAAUUCUCUGAGCUAACCAAACACCAUGACACGAGAAGGAUGUUGCAAACUAAAUUGAACUUGAUCAGUGGUAAACCGGUCUCUGAAACGAAAGCUAAUAUAAAUGCUGUAGCUGAUAUACUUAGAGACGAGAGAUAUGACAAGAAAGUCAAAGAUUUCAAACUGUAG